CCCAAAUCUUCCCCACUGAAAAACAGAGCAAAACGUGUCGAACAAUCCGAGGAUCUGAAAAAAUCUGUAACAAGGUUAAAACACGUCAAAAUCGAUUGGUGUAAGAAACUUAGAAAACCGAUUGGUGUAGGUGAAAAUCGUGUGAAAUACAGAGGAAUGGCGAGAUGGGUAGUGUCAGUACAUGGCGGCGCCCCAAAGUGAAUGCAAUUCUCAUUUACCAAUUUCCUCACAAUCUAUCUCACCAUGCGCUCACCCACACGACUAAGUGCUUUCAAUGGAAAGUUCCUAUACAACCAACACACCUCCCUGCAUCCCCAUUUAACUAGAUUUUCAUUAUUUUUUCAUCACAACGCUCAGUGAUCAAAUCUCUCUGAUCGAAUUAGGACAGAAGCAGGAUUAUAACACAGUCAUGGCAGAAGCACAGCGGGUUUAUCUGGUCAAAAAGGCCGUGUGGAAGAGUCCGCCGCCCAGUGCUCCUCUGGUUCCAAAAUCAAAUCUUUUGUCCGAAAGUGUAAACCCCGCCGCCAAUCCAGGCCAGGGUAUGCACGGUCAAUUUCCCACACGGGAGGCCCCCAGAUACUACUCCAGUCCUCCUAAGCGCCGCCACAAUUUCUGCUGCCUCUGCCUCUACUGGACAUUUUGCCUCAUGUUGCUCUUUAUUGUAGCAAUUGUCAUUGCAGCCGCCAUUCUCUACGCCGUCUUUCAGCCCAGGAUACCCAAAUACUCAGUCGACAAUAUUCAGAUCAUGAGUUUCUCCCUCAGUUCAGACGCGACCGUUUCGUCGCAGUUUGCUGUGGGUGUGAGAGCGACGAAUCCGAAUAAAAUGAUCGGGAUAUAUUACUUGGACGAAAGCUAUAUUGGGGUUUUAUACGCUGGCACGGAGCUCUGCAAGGGCAAAUUGCCUGUGUUUUACCAGGGCCACAAGACUACUGGUAAUUUAAACGUUAUUCUGACUGGAACUAACGUUCAGAUUACUAGUGAGAUGGUUGCGUUGCUGAAUGAACAGACGCAGCAGGGAAGUAUUCCCCUGCGUUUGAAGGCGGAUGUUCCUGUGAAGGUCAAGUUUGGGAAAGUGAAAAGCAUGAAGAUUACUUUCCGCGUGCGCUGUGACCUGGUGAUUGACAGGCUGGAUGAAAACACUAGUGUCAACAUCAGCGGGAAGAAAUGCAAGGUCAAGCUUUGAACAGACGAAUUGGUUUUUGUCGAACCGUACUGUUCUAUCUUUUAUCUGUCUUGACUCUCCACAGAAGACGAUAAGCCGAGCAGAUUGUUAUUCGAUCAUAGUUAGGCUGCCGUUUUUUUAAACUUCUGUUGUUCGUCUAUAACAUGACCGAUUUAUAAUAUUAUAAUUUGUACCUUGAUACUG